GGGGGGGGGGGGCUUCUCCCCCUCUCCACAGCUUGAGAAUUUAAUAUUCAGAAUUACUUAUUUGUUGCAGGAAUAUCGAGGGAGAUUGAAAGGCAUGCAGUGACCUGUGACGUCAGUGAUGUGGUGACCUGGUGACGUCAAUACUGUGGUGACUUGGUGACGUCUGUACUGUGGUGACCUGGUGACGUCUACCGUGGUGACCUGGUGAGGUCAGUACUGUGGUGACGUCAGUACUGUGGUGACCUGGUGAGGUCAGUACUGUGGUUACCUGGUAAGGUCAGUACUGUGGUGACGUCAGUACUGUGGUGACAUCAGUACCGUGGUGACGUCAGAACUGUGGUGACCUGGUGACGUCAGUACCGUGGUGACCUGGUGACGUCAGUACCGUGGUGACCUGGUGACGUCAGAACUGUGGUGACCUGGUGACGUCAGAACUGUGGUGACCUGGUGACGUCAGUACCGUGGUGACCUGGUGACGUCAGAACUGUGGUGACCUGGUGACGUCAGAACCGUGGUGAUCUGGUGACGUCAGAACUGUGGUGACCUGGUAACGUCAGUACCGUGGUGACCUGGUGACGUCAGUACCGUGGUGGCCUCCUGGUGACGUCAGUACUGUGGUGACCUGGUGACGUCAGUACUGUGGUGACCUGGUGACGUCAGUACCAUGGUGACCUGGUGACGUCAGUACCGUGGUGACCUGGUGACGUCAGUACCGUGGUGACCUGGUGACGUCAGUACUGUGGUGACCUGGUGACGUCAGUACUGUGGUGACCUGGUGACGUCAGUACUGCGGUGACGUCAGUAUUGUUGUGACCUGGUGACGUCAGUUCUGUGGUGACCUGGUGACGUCAGUACUGUGGUGACCUGGUGACGUCAGUACUGCGGUGACGUCAGUAUUGUUGUGACCUGGUGACGUCAGUACUGUGGUGACCUGGUGACGUCAGUACCGUGGUAACCUGGUGACGUCAGUACUGUGGUGACCUGGUGACGUCAGUACCGUGGUGACCUGGUGACGUCAGUACUGUGGUGACCUCCUGGUGACGUCAGUACCGUGGUAACCUGGUGACGUCAGUACUGUGGUAACCUGGUGACGUCAGUACUGUGGUGACGUCAAUACUGUGGUGAUCUUGUGACGUAAGUACUGUUGUGACCUGGUGACGUCAUUACUGUGGUGACCUGGUGACGUCAGUACUGUGGUGACCUGGUGACGUCAGUACUGUGGUGACCUGGUGACGUCAGUACUGUGGUGACCUGGUGACGUCAGUACUGUGGUGACCUGGUGACGUCAGUACUGUGGUGACCUGGUGACGUCAGUACUGUGGUGACCUGGUGACGUCAGUACUGUGGUGACCUGGUGACGUCAGUACUGUGGUGACCUGGUGACGUCAGUACUGCGGUGACGUCAGUAUUGUUGUGACCUGGUGACGUCAGUACUGUGGUGACCUGGUGACGUCAGUACCGUGGUAACCUGGUGACGUCAGUACUGUGGUGACCUGGUGACGUCAGUACCGUGGUGACCUGGUGACGUCAGUACUGUGGUGACCUCCUGGUGACGUCAGUACCGUGGUAACCUGGUGACGUCAGUACUGUGGUAACCUGGUGACGUCAGUACUGUGGUGACGUCAAUACUGUGGUGAUCUUGUGACGUAAGUACUGUUGUGACCUGGUGACGUCAUUACUGUGGUGACCUGGUGACGUCAGUACUGUGGUGACCUGGUGACGUCAGUACUGUGGUGACCUGGUGACGUCAGUACUGUGGUGACCUGGUGACGUCAGUACUGUGGUGACCUGGUGACGUCAGUACUGUGGUGACCUGGUGACGUCAGUACUGUGGUGACCUGGUGACGUCAGUAUUGUUUUGACCUGGUGACGUCAGUAUUGUUUUGACCUGGUGACCUCAGUACUGUGGUGACCUUGUGACCUCAGUACUGUGGUGACCUGGUGACGUCAGUACUGUGGUGACCUGGUGACGUCAGUACUGUGGUGACCUGGUGACGUCAGUAUUGUUUUGACCUGGUGACGUCAGUAUUGUUUUGACCUGGUGACCUCAGUACUGUGGUGACCUUGUGACGUCAGUACUGUGGUGACGUCAUUACUGUUGUGACCUGGUGACGUCAUUACUGUGGUGACCUGGUGACGUCAGUACUGUGGUGACCUCCUGGUGACGUCAGUACUGUGGUGACCUGGUGACGUCAGUACUGUGGUGACCUCAGUACUGUGGUGACCUCCUGGUGACGUCAGUACUGUGGUGACCUUGCAACGUCAGUACUGUGGUGACCUGGUGACGUCAGUAUUGUGGUGACCUCCUAGUGACGUCUGUAACGUGGUGACCUCCUGGUGACGUCAGUACUGUGGUGACCUGGUGACAUCAGUUCUGUGGUGACCUGGUGACGUCAGUACUGUGGUGGCCUGGUGACGUCAGUACUGUGGUGGCCUGGUGACGUCAGUACCAUGGUGACCUCCUGGUGACGUCAGUACUGUGGUGACCUUCCAGUGACAUCCGUACCGUGGUGACGUCAUUACUGUGGUGGCCUCCUGGUGACAUCAGUACCGUGGUGACCUCCUGGUGACAUCAGCGAUGCUUCACGUGUCGGUGGUCAUCUAUGCCACCUGUCUCCUCCGCCAGUCAGGAGGUGAGAGGGUGACAGGAGCGAGCGGGUGGAGUGCGUUAAGGAGUGCCAACACCGGCCUUCCACCAGCGUUGACGAGUGCCCAACACGAUGCCCAGACCCCAGGCUCCUCAGGCCCCACACCAGCCCACAACGGCAUCACCUCCCUACUGGCCUCAAGGGCGGUGUCUGGAGCAGCGGAGGGCAGGCGUGUGGCAGCGCUGGUCGACUUUGUGGUGAGAUCAUCGACCGGGAGGCAGCUCUAUCUUCUCCACGACCUCUCCUUUACUGAGGCGUCCCCGGCGGUGGAGGCGAGUUACAGGAGUGACGAUGACACCGCGGUCUUCAGGUACACAGAGGAGUUGAGAGAGUUCGAGGCAGCAGUGAGGACCUACUUCCACGUGGUGAAGAUGAGGAAUGUCCUCGUCUUCUGUUCUCCCCAACACACUCUCCAUAUCUUCGAGCAGGUCCGGGCCCGGGCGCUGGAGUCUGCCUCACUCUACUGGUUUGUGGUGAUGGAGGAGGACGUCACCAGCGCCGUCCUCGACACCCUGAGGGAGGGCACGCAGAUGACAGUGGUGGUGCGCCGGGGCCCAGGACACUACGAGCUCUUGGUCUCCCAUGUAGACCACACCAACACCAUGCGGUUAGAACACAUUGGAUGGUGGAAGUGGAGCUCUUCCCGCGGGGCCACCAGCUACCUCCAGAGGCCCCUCUAUCGCGAUCUCAGCGAGGUCUACAGCGACUUCGGCGGCCGGGUGCUGCGGUCGGCGGCGGUGGAGAACUGGCCCUACUUCCAGGUCACACCGCAGGCCGAUGGCUCCAUCAAGGCGGACUCUGGGAUUGAUUAUAACAUCCUGACCACCGUGGGUGAAAAGCUCAACUUCACGUUCCUAUUGGUCGAGGCUAAGGACGGUCAGUGGGGAGGCAAACUGGCCAACGGUACAAUCACCGGCAUGAUCGGCCUGGUGGCCAGACACGAGGCCGACGUGGCCAUCGACGAGCUCACCAUAACAGCGCCCCGGGGGUUGAUUGUCGACUUCACGGCGCCCUACUACCUGGAGGCUACGACUCUCGUCUCUCCAGCACCCACCGAGAAGAACAGGGCCUUCGCUGUCUUCUCUCCCUUCUCAGCCCAGCUGUGGGUGACGCUGUGUGUGGUGACCCUGUGUAUGGGACCUGUACUGAGGCUGGUGACCUGGUUGAGAGGUCUUGGCAUCAAGCAGGACGAGAAGCAGCGCACCUUGCAGACCUUCUCCUUCAAUGCGUUCCGCGUGCUGGUGGUCCAGACCAACCGCAUCAUCUCCAAGCACUGGGAGCUUCGCUUGAUCUUCUUCACCUGGUACUUCUUCUGCUUCGUGGUUUAUGCGAUGUACUCGGGUACGUUGACGGCGGUGUUGGCGCUCCCGUCCUUCGAGAAGCCCAUCGACUCUCUGGCCGACCUACUGUACGCCGUCAAGCACAAGAAGUACAAGCCCAUCGUCGUUCUCGGCACCAGCAACGAGUUCGUCUUCAGGGAGGCGAAGAGCGGGAUAUACAAGGAAGUUUGGGACGUAUUCGACCCCAAGGUUGGCUACGUGGAGAACUACAGCGCCGGGAUGGACAAGGUGCCGAAGGGAAAAUAUGUGUUCCUCAACGCUAAGUUGGGCGCCGAGAUCCGGGCGGUGGUGAGGGGCAAGAACAAGUACUACUUCGCCAAGACCUCCUUUUACCCCCAAGGCUACGGCAUCGUCUGCACCAAGGGCUCCCCCUACAGGGACAUCGUCAGCAAACUGCUCACUCGAUUUGGGUCGGCGGGACUAGUACUGAAGUGGAUUAAGGACGAAGUUAGGAAAGUGUCCAAGCGGGAGAUCCACCCAUCUACCGGUCCGGGAGCCAUUACCAUGGUGCACCUACAGGCUGCCUUCUUCCUCCUGACUAUGGGAUACCUUCUGGCGGGGUCGACUCUACUGGUGGAGAAACUCGUCCACUUUCAUCUGGACAGCCUAGCCGGGGGGAGGUUCAGCAAGACUGGUAUCCGCAGCCAUAGAGAGCAAGGAAAAGGAAUACCCAGAAAUUUGAAUAAAAGCAACUUUAGCCACAAAUUUGAUGUAUAAGAUGAAUAAAUGCCAAUAGUAGUCUUCACUAACCCUAAUCUGAAAAUAUAUAUAUCCCUGUAACAAUGCCUAAUAUACACUUUUUGAUACACUUUUUGUGAACCUCACAAAGCACGUUUGAACUUCUUAAGUGUUUUCUCUGUAAUGAAGUAUGCAACCUGAGCAAAUAUACUGUUCACUGGGCAAUAAAUGAACUUGUAGUACUCUUCACAUGUGAAGGAAAACCAGCAAACAUUUCUCACGAGACAACACUAACAUAACUUUGUAGUUUAAAAAAAUAAAUAAAUUAUUU